AGGACCCGCCAGGAGGAACAUUUGACACCCCUGCCAAGCAUUCAUCAGUAGUUGUGCAAGGACAAAAGUGAAGACGUGUGUGACUCUGAAAGUGAACAAAUGAUCUUAUCCUGUUGAUUGCUCUGAAGUCAGUUGGAUAGGGGAAUGACAGCUCCUUUGUUCGAACUGUCUUUAACCAGGUUUCAGUGCAGUCCAGAAAAUGAGAUCACUCAGCACCCGCGAAGCUGGAGAGAGGCAGUCCUGCAUUGCAGUAGGAAGGCUCCGGGCCUCUCUGCGAGCUCAGCCUAUUGCUAGCUGCAUCUGUCUGGAAUGCACUCCCCCUGCCCACAGAGGCAUCACCUGUCACAGUAAUUGGCUGCCUGCUACGCCCAUGUGUCACUGACCAGGAGGCAUUUCCUGCGGUGGCGCUUCAUGACCCAGCGACGUCGGGCCUAGCGAAGCCCCCGUGGUGUCCAGCAUGGCCACGCUGCUCCUGGGCGCGGCGCUGCUGGUGGCACAGCUUCAGCUAGUGCCUUCCCGCCCCGGCGCGCCCUGGGCGGAACCUGGACCACAGGAGCUGGUGUGGAAAGCAGCCACCUCCCAGGACCAGGCCCUGGACGGCGCGGCACCCAAUGGCUCUGCCAGGCAGCUCCCGCAGACCAUCAUCAUCGGCGUGCGCAAGGGCGGCACCCGCGCGCUGCUGGAGAUGCUCAGCCUGCACCCCGACGUGGCGGCCGCGGAGAACGAGGUGCACUUCUUCGACUGGGAGGAGCACUACAGCCAAGGCCUGGGCUGGUACCUCAGCCAGAUGCCCCUCUCCGCCCCCCACCAGCUCACCGUGGAAAAGACCCCCGCUUACUUCACGUCACCCAAAGUGCCUGAGCGGGUCCACGGUAUGAACCCGGCCCUCCGGCUGCUGCUCAUCCUGCGGGACCCUUCGGAGCGCGUGCUGUCGGACUACACGCAGGUGCUGUACAACCACGUGCAGAAGCAUAAGCCCUACCCGUCCAUCGAGGAGUUCCUGGUGCGCGAUGGCCGCCUCAACGUGGACUACAAGGCGCUCAACCGUAGCCUCUACCACGUGCACAUGCGCAACUGGCUGCGCUUCUUCCCACUGCACCGCAUCCACAUCGUGGACGGUGACCGCCUCAUCAGGGACCCUUUCCCCGAGAUCCAGAAGGUGGAGAGGUUCCUGAAGCUGUCCCCGCAGAUCAACGCCUCAAACUUCUACUUUAACAAAACCAAGGGCUUCUACUGCCUGCGGGACAGCGGGCGGGAUCGCUGCUUGCAUGAGUCCAAAGGCCGGGCACACCCCCAAGUGGACCCCAAACUCCUCCAUAAACUGCACGAAUAUUUCCAUGAGCCAAAUAAGAAAUUCUUCGAGCUCGUGGGCAGAACAUUUGACUGGCACUGAUUUGCAAUAAGCUAGGCUCCGAACCUUUCCAAUACUGUAAGUUCCGGUGUACAUCUAGGGUGGGGGAAGAAGUUUUAAAAGGCAUUUAAGCUAUAAUUUAUUUGUAAGAUCCAUAAAUAACUUCUGUACAGUAUUAGAUUCACAAUUGCCAUAUAUACUAGUUAUAUUUUUCUACUUGUUAAAUUGAGGGCAUUUUGUAUUGUUUUUCAUGGUUGUUAACAUUGUGUAAUAUGUCUCUAUAUGAAGGAACUAAAAGAUUUCACUGCAAAAAGAAAUAAUAAUAAAUUCUGGAGACACUGUCUUCUUUUAAUAUAAUUAACUUGCCCUUGACUCAAAAUAGCUGUCCAUGUUGCACCCAUUGGAGAAUCUAUAUUCCUUUGUUACUGAAAAAAAACAAAAACAAGUUUUGAUGGAUA